AUGAAGACCUUGACUCAGUCAUUGGCCAAGGCAUCGGCUGUUAUCGAGAAGACCGUGCAGAACACGGUGCAAGAAGUGACCGGUAUACCUAAGCCGAUGCAGGACUACGACCUCAUCGAUCAGAUUGGCACCGCCGGCCCGGGCCUUGUCUGGAAAUUGUACUCAGCCAAGUCCCGCGAUGGCCAUCUGCCGGCCGUCUAUCCUACGGUUUGUGUUUGGGUAUUGGAUAAGAAAGCACUCUCAGAGGCUUGGCAGCGAGCUGGGCUGCCGAAAGCCGCUGAGGAUGCUUUUCUAGAUGUGAUUGGAGCUGAUGCAGCCCGGCUAGUGAGGCUGAGGCACCCUGGCGUGGUUCACGUCGUACAGGGGCUCGAUGAAAGCAAGAAUGCCUUGGCUAUGGUCAUGGAGCCGCUCUUUGCAUCGGCGGCUAAUGCGCUGGGGAAUGUGGAGAACAUUUCGAAGGUGCCUAAGGAGCUUAAGGGGAUGGAAAUGGGAUUGUUGGAGGUGAAGCAUGGUCUGCUUCAGACUGCAGAGACAUUGGACUUCCUUCAUAAUAAUGCCCGGCUCAUCCAUAGAGCUUUAUCGCCUGAGUCUACUUACCUAACCAGUGAAGCUUUCUCCACUAUUCUAAGGGAUCUGGUUCCAGAUUUGCAAAAAAUGCUAUCGGCAAAUGAGACUUCACGACCAACAGCAAUAGAUUUUACAGGUUUGCCUUUCUUCCGUCAGGAUACUAGGUUGCGAGCACUUCGCUUCCUUGAUCACAUGCUUGAGAGAGAUAACAUGCAAAAAUCUGAGGUUCUGAAAGCAUUAGCGGACAUGUGGAAGGAUUUUGAUUCUCGUGCUUUGCGAUAUAAGGUCCUACCCCCACUUUGUGCAGAGCUCCGAAAUAUGGUGAUGCAGCCUAUGAUUCUGCCUAUGGUCCUCACUAUAGCUGAGUCGCAGCAUGCAGAGCUUAUUAUCAACAAGGCUAGUCAAGAGCACCUUAUUUUGCAUGUACUACACAUGCUCAUUCGAGCUUAUGAUGAUACUGAUGCUCGUUUGCAAGAGGAAGCUCUCAGAAAAACUACACCGCUUGCGAAACAACUUGACGUCCAGCUAGUGAAGCAAACUAUUUUGCCUCGUGUUCAUGGCUUGGCACUUAAAACAACAGUUGCUGUGGUGAGAGUGAAUGCUCUCGUAUGUUUUGCUGACAUGGUUCGCAUAUUUGUAAUUACGCUGUGA